AUGUCUUUUCGUUGUGUACAAACCGCCUUCACAUUUUAUAAAGAACACAGUCGUUUGACUGGUUUUGGAGUUGUUAAGAAAAGUGCAAAAAAACUGGUUGGUCAAUUAAAGAAUGUGACAUUUGGGUGUGAUAAGUGCCAAAAAACAACGACUAGCAAUCAAAGCAAGAGGGUUGAUUGCAAAGCUAAGGUGAACUGUCAAGUGAUGAAUGAUGGUUUAUGCAUAGUGACAAAGGUUAUCUUAGAGAACAAUCAUGAGUUGGAACCUGCAGUAUUUUUUUCCUCUCAGAGGGAAUUGAGCAGGACUGUGAAGAGGAGUCUAGUAGUGCACGACAUUGUAGGUCUAAGGCCUUCAAAGAGCAUAAGACUCUUGGAGGUGGAAGCACAAGGCUCCGAAAGAAUGAGGUGCACUCUCAAGAACUGUUGUAACUACAUUCUUCAGCAACGGAGGCUCCGAAUACUUUUCAGCGAUACUGCCGUGUUGCACCAAUUUUUUGUGGAUAUGCAGUCCAAGGACAAAUUUUUUUUCAUUCAAUAG